AUGAGACACAGAGGAGGACUAGGAGGGGUAACCGGCGGUGCCCGGGACAGUGUCGCUUUUGUCCUUGUAACACCUGUUGUCCCUGCAACACCUGUUGUCCCUGCAACACCUGUUGUCCCUGCAACACCUGUUGUCCUUGUAACACCUGUUGUCCUUGUAACACCUGUUGUCCCUGCAACACCUGUUGUCCUUGUAACACCUGUUGUCCCUGCAACACCUGUUGUCCCUGCCACACCUGUUGUCCCUGCAACACCUAUUGUCCCUGCAACACCUGUUGUCCUUGUAACACCUGUUGUCCCUGCAACACCUGUUGUCCCUGCAACACCUGUUGUCCUUGUAACACCUGUUGUCCUUGUAACACCUGUUGUCCCUGCAACACCUGUUGUCCUUGUAACACCUGUUGUCCCUGCAACACCUGUUGUCCUUGUAACACCUGUUGUCCCUGCAACACCUGUUGUCCUUGUAACACCUGUUGUCCUUGUAACACCUGUUGUCCCUGCAACACCUGUUGUCCCUGCAACACCUGUUGUCCUUGUAACACCUGUUGUCCCUGCAACACCUGUUGUCCCUGCCACACCUGUUGUCCCUGCAACACCUAUUGUCCCUGCAACACCUGUUGUCCUUGUAACACCUGUUGUCCCUGCAACACCUGUUGUCCCUGCAACACCUGUUGUCCCUGCAACACCUGUUGUCCCUGCAACACCUGUUGUCCCUGCAACACCUGUUUUCGUCUUGGGGUGUUGGGGCCAAGGUGGGGUAAAGAUGCUGGGGAAUGGGGAGGGGAAUGGGGUCACCAUCAACAAGCUAACUGCACCAGUCACCAUCAACAAGCUAACUACACCAGUCACCAUCAACAAGCUAACUACACCAGUCACCAUUAACAAGCUAACUACACCAGUCAGCAUCAACAAGCUAACUGCACCAGUCACCAUCAACAAGCUAACUACACCAGUCACCAUCAACAAGCUAACUACACCAGUCAGCAUCAACAAGCUAACUACACCAGUCAGCAUCAACAAGCUAACUACACCAGUCACCAUCAAGCUAACUACACCAGUCACCAUUAACAAGCUAACUACACCAGUCACCAUUAACAAGCUAACUACACCAGUCACCAUCAACAAGCUAACUACACCAGUCACCAUCAACAAGCUAACUGCACCAGUCACCAUCAACAAGCUAACUACACCAGUCACCAUUAACAAGCUAACUACACCAGUCACCAUUAACAAGCUAACUACACCAGUCACCAUUAACAAGCUAACUACACCAAAAGUGGGCGUGGCUUAA